UGAGACCCGAAAUUUCUUGCAGACAAAUUUCCAGAAAAUGGGCUCAAAAACACUGUUUGAGCAUUUAAAAAAGAUCAGGCGAACUUUAUAUCACUUAUCCAUAUUUACUGGCUUACAGAAGAGCCUAAUAUGUGCAGUUUUUCUCCUGGUUUUGGCGUUUAUUGCCAAUUUUUGGGUGCCUCUUGCAUUGUACACAAUCGCCUGUACAUUAUCCUAUGCAUUUACCUGUCACGUCAGUAGAAGUUCAGAUGGGGUCAAUGCAUCAUGGCAGGAACAGCGGUAUGGCCUUGAUAGGAUCCAGACAUUGUUACGAUUACAGACCGCACAAGAGUUAUUGUUUGAUCUCCUCUAUGGAAGAAAAACACAAUUGGCAUCGUUGAAAAUACCGAUUGGGAAAGGUUCAUUGUUGCUUGAUGAAUCAGACAAAAAUAUUGAAAGAAACAAGAUUGUCAAUUCAUGCUCCAAACUAAAUGCAAGUGAUGUUGAUAAAUAUUCAAAUUAUCAGAGUCUUCAUUCGCAAUUCCAUGAUAUUGAAUCAAAUCGUAAAAGGGACAACUCUGCAGAGGUAAACCUUCAGGCCGAAAUCCAGCAGAUCUGUGCAUUGGUUAUGAAAGAUUUUGUGUUGUCAUGGUACCAGCAAGUCAGCUUUGGUAACCAUGGUGCAGAGAACGCCCAGAAGCUUAUUGAUCAGAUCACAGCGACUGCUUAUGCUCGGAUUGCCGCAAUCGAUCGCUUUGCCGUUAUAAGCAAAGUGAUUGAACUGUAUAUGUGCCAUUUACAAGAGUUCCAGGAGGCGACAAAAACAUUCGACCACCAGCCUCGGUUUCGCCGACGAGGGAGUGUACCAACUGCUGAAAAUGAGUUCAUAAAAGUGAAGACCAUCGAAGAAGUCUAUCAGAACAAUUUGAAGUUUCAUGUGGCACUAAUAGGUGGCGAUAAUGAAGUGGAAUAUCUACGAGCAAUCGUGGAUGUGCUUUUACAACGCCUCCUAUCUGCAGAAUUAUAUAACUGUGUGACAGUAAAAGACAUGUUUGCUGAUAUAUUGAUUUGCAACGUUAUUGUGCCGCUGUUAGAAUUGCUUUGUGAGCCGGACUUUCUUCAUGAGAAAACUAUCCAGAUUCUAACCGAUGAUGGCGAUGUCAUUUCUGAACAGUUGUUGGCUAUAAAAGAAAAGUUGAUAGUAUAUAAAGACGGUAGUAGUUUGGAGCAAAGUAGCAAUUCUCAAACAGCUGUUGAAAAAGUGAGCAUUCAGAAGUCCACUACCACCAAAAUGGAAAAGGAAGGCAACCAUACUGAAUUGAAAGACAGCUUGAGACCUGAAAAACAUAGUGAAGACGACUCUGCAGGUGCUUCGACUCCGAACCUGAUGGUAAGUGCAAAGGAACAAGAAAGUUCUUCAAAAAUAGAACUGGGAAUAGUGCCGCGUCAAGCACCUCUGAAAAAUGUUUCCGACAUCAUUGAAUAUGAGUCAAAAUCAAAAGCCAAGCAAGAGCGGGAGACCAUUGCGAGUGUGUCAGUAGAGGGGCAUGGUGCUGAUUCACUGAGGCAGCUGUCUGGUACUGGUGGUGCAAAUCAAGAGUUCGUGUUCUUCCCUGAAGUGCUUGCUGAACAUUUUAAUAUUGUGCCCGUGAAGUCCAUUAAGAAUGACCAACCAGAAGACAAGAAUUUACAAGGUGAUUUGAGGCGUGAUUCAGCUGAUGGGUUGAGUUCUGAUAUGACUGGUACAACACAGCAGAAAAAGUCUGGCACCGAGGAGGGUGCGCUAUCUUUUGACACAAUUCCAAUCAUACAGCUACAGGUGUCCACACCUAUUUCAAAAACACCGCCAUCUACCUCAGUUUCAAAAGCACCAGGUAAAAGUCGUAGUCCAAGUGUGAAAAGUUUGACAAAGUUUUCCUCCUUGCCACGAGACUUGGACAGAAUGGCUGAAAACCUCGAUGCACAUUCUAUAAAUACGGCAAUUGACAAGAAGAAAUCCCGCCGCCAGUCAUUGCAUUCUCUUACUAGUGAUGAAGAAGAUGCUGCAGGAUUGUCUACAUUGAAACCGUUCACAGCACCGGAAAGCAGUAGAAAGAUGUCCUCUUACGAACAGAUUGACAUGUUUGAGGUCUAUCAGGACCCAGGAACGGGCCAGUUACGGGUGCGUCAGCGCAGCCGUGCAGAGAUCUCUCCACCGAGAGUGCUCCCGCCACUAACUGAAGGCAUCGCAACAGACGGUCAUCAUUUAGAUCCGAGUGAGUACUCCACACGCACUUUCCGUAACUCAAGCAAUGCGUCGGACUAUCUGGUCAUUUCGUCUAAUGAGAACACGGAUAGCAGUUUGUCUCCUUUCAAUUCUUCCGCAGGGGAUGUCAGCAUGGAUUCAGUGGACGGAACAGAUAUGAGCAAAAUUGUCGACAGCCCGGAUGACACACAUGCAUUCAGAGGCAGUUUGGUGGAAAACCUUGCAUCAGUUGUAACAAGUCUGGAGCAGUCAUUGACCAGUGUCAGUACGUUGACACCAGAAACACCGACAAUAAGUCCAACAUCGGACCAAGUGAAAAGUUCUAGUCAUAUUCAAAAUACUCCAUUGCAAGGUAGUGAGCACUUCUAUCCUGUUCAGACUCGAGUAACUCCUGACAGAAACUUUAGUCCAAAGAGUAUGCCAAGUCCAAUGUCGAGCCCUAAUCUGGUAGGCCAGUCUAACCAGGUGCGGGAUUACAACCUGCCUAGCUUGCCAUCUCCGAGCUCCAGCCCAAGCCACUCGGAGCAAAGUUUCAGCCCCAGAAGGACCCCCAGUCUAAGUUCCAGCCCAGGAAGUGGGAAAAUGUCCAUGGAACAUAAUUCUAGUCAGGCAGUGUUGUCGGACUCUAGUUUCAGUCCUGGAGCAGGGAAUAUAUCCUAUGGGACAACGAGGCCAGCCCUGUGGGAGCAACAGUCACAGACAUCGAGGGGAACAUCACCAGAUCCAUCAUUACCAAUCACGGAUGAGAAGGGACCCAGAAUUGACACCUGGAUUCCGUCGCUCUACACGGCUCUGCAAGUUCCACGGACGGAAGUUAUCCAGGAUCGAGGACAUGGAUCGUUUGUGGUCUAUGAGGUGGAGUAUUUAGCCCACUACCUAUUAGAGGGUUCAUCUGAGCCAGAACCUGUGCCAAGGAACGUCAAGCGGAGAUUCAAGGAGUUUCUCAUUCUCCAGGAGAGACUGGAGGAGAAUCCACGAUUGAGGGCUUAUCUAAAAGGUAUCAAAGCUCCGAGUAAAUGGUUCUCUCUUCCUUUUGGGACGUUUGAUAAAGAUGGCAUCGAAAGUCGGAGGAAAUUCCUUGAAAAAUAUAUCCAGUCUCUCCUGGAGCAGAAGCCUAUUGUUUACAGCGGAGAAAUGCGGGAAUUCUUGGCAUACGACAGCGAUGCCAGUUUAGCUUUCGUCAAGAAGGCGACGGACAUUCCUGUCAGCUGGAUUGACAAAGUUUUCAACAAGACAAAGUCCGGCAUGAGUGGGGUGAUUGACAAAAUCGACCAAACGCUGACGUCGAAGCCUGCGAAAACACUAGAGGAGGCACAUCCAGCAUCUGUCGUCAAGAAACCAACCAAACGUGAGAUAGAUGUGGAGAGGUUGCCGUCUGAGGAUGUGGAUGCUCUGAGGGUCCAGUUCGCUGUUACAUCGGAGAAACAGAAAAUUGAGCUUGGCCUCGACCGCCACUUGUUGACCAAGUUGUUCUCACCUGAUAGUUUCGGCGUUGAGAUGACCGAGUCGCUUCGAUUCAGUGAUGAUGACUUUCAAGAAGCGUAUGACGGAGAUGAUGAUGACGAAGAUGUGAUGCAGUCAGCGGGAGAUGAUCAGCUGCACAAGAAUGUCCUCUCGCACACCAUCCUGGACCUGGCCUGUCAGACAACCAAUGGAUGUGAGAUUGCCCUGUGCAAGGAGAAGGUCCUCGAGUCAUUCCAGAUGGUGAUUGGCACAUUCUUUGAAAAGUGGUUGAAAAAUGAAAUAGCCGACAUCACCAGCACCGAGAGCAUCUCCAAGUACCUCCGCCUCCUGCGAGAAGCCGUCUGGCCGGAGCGACCGUAUGAAGAGCUGGCAAAGACUGAGGAAGACAAGGACCGGACGAAACAGCUGGCUCGGCAAUGUCUAAAGGAAUUCUUCCCAGCUCUGAUCCCAUUGCUGGCAGGACCUGACAACUUUGACCAUUGCGUGGAGCAAGUCCUGAAUUCGGUCCAGCACCCAAAGAUCAAUAGACAUUUCUUUCUUUGCCUGAUUGAUCUGCUGGUGGAAGAGUUCCUACCGGAGGUCUCCAUCAAGGCUGUGCAGGAGGACAUACUGGCCACAAGGGGGAAGCACUGAGGUGUGAGGUGAAGUAACCACCAGAGGGAAGCAGUAGGGUUGUUACCUCGAUUAGAAAGGACUGUGAUUACUGAACAUAAUUGGGAUAUUCGCUGCUCUCAACCUCCCUGAUAACAGUAGCUCUUACUGUCCCGAUAACUAUUUUGUAGAUAAAAUGAAUGGUGCUAAUUGUCUUUAUAUAGAUAUAAUAAUGUUAUACAUGUAUGUCUGGGGGCCAUUAUGUUUACAUGUUGUGAAAGUCACAGUGCUGCCAUCUUCUGAGAGGCUUGUAACAUAGGGUGAGAUGUCUGCCUUCUACACUGUGGAUGUGUGGAGUAUGGAUGGAGGGUUGGUUGGGUCUUCCUGUAUCUUUGUCACAUUGGAUGUAUCUACAAAAUCUCCUCUCAAUGUAGCAUAUUUAACACCUUCAGCGCCGAACCACGUAGAUCUACGUAGCCCAAAUCCCCCUUCUUUGAGUUGGUUAUGGGAGUCUCGUGGACUUCAUGGAACUUACGACAU